CACGAGCCUCAAAAGGUGCAAGUAAAUAAACCUGUCCCAUGUUUUCGUAAAUUAAAGUGUUUUUGGAGCAGUUAUAAUAUUAUUUUACUCGAUAAAUAAAUGACAACAAGCUGUAUUGGUUGAUACUUCAAAAAGGGCAUUUCGGCGCAUUUUGCGCACGUUAUUGUGUGCGGUAACAUUACAAAAUACAAAUGUUGAGCAAGAAGUUUAUCGGAGCAAAGUAAAGGCAGUUUGUCGUAUCGCAUCAAACAUUUCUACAUAUCAAAUCGUGUAGAAAUUGUUCUUGACGCCUCACUGUGGUGAAACAACGACCUUCAUACACUUGAUUGUAUUACUGCUUAGAACUCAUCGGCGACGUUGAAUCAGUAAAGUUACGCAGAAAAAACACUCAUCUAUAAAUAUUUAGAUAUUUGACUCAACGAAUGUGACGAGAAUCGUUAAUUAGUUUCAAGAGGCAGAUAUUGAAAUGUAAAAAAAAUACAAAUUAUCAAAAAAAACAGGAAAUUGGCGAAAAUUAGAGUCAUCAAGAAGAGCAAAUAAUGCAAAUCUCUAAAGCCUCUUUUGUCGUUUAAAUUUUGGAUUUUGACCUUUGGCUCCUCACAUUCAAUCACGCUACUGAUCAAUUGGUUUACGGAACUGAACGAAACAUAAACGCAACUUAAUUUUAAGUCACUUAACGAAACAAACGCAACUUAACGCCAUUACAACGUGUUUGUAUUGUCAGUUAUACUCUAAACUACUACUUUAUUUUAUAUCUUUAUCAUUGUUCAGAAAUUAUUUUACUAACCCAAUUACGCUUAGGAUAAGUAAAUCGUAAAGAAAAGACUUAAGGAGUAACAAUUGUACCAUAUUAAGAUAUUUAAGGAACUCGCUAAUUAUUUAAGGAUGAAAACAAACAAUAACAAAACUCUGGCUUGCACUGCCAAUCAAGCAAAUACUUCGACAUCGGCAUCAAAUCCAAAUCUCCAAAGUGCCAGUAGUAACAAUACAUCAACAUUUACGCAAGCCCCUUCGAUGCAAUCUUCGAGCACGAAUGUUUCCGUGUGCAGCAAUCAAGGCAAGGAUAUUCCCCAAUUGAAGCAUCAUGCAAUGUCCGUAUCAAUGACGUCUCUUCCUUCGCCGCAACAUAACACAAACACGACAUUCUCUACUUUGUUACAGCAAAGUACAGAUAUGAGUGCAGCGGCAAAUGAGUUUUUGUCACCGAACAAAAUUGUCAUUGAUAGAGCUUAUAACAGUUUGAAAAAAAAACGCGACGUUGAAGUCGAAAUGUGGCGUCGAUCAUGGGGAAGCGGGCAUUCACACAGUUCUUGCAGUUUGCAAAGUAGCGCGACAAACGCUACAGGAUCAGGCACGGGCAAAGAUGACUUUUGGGCAGCAUUACAGACAAAUUACAAUUUCAUAAUGGAUACACAUUUGUUGGAAAGCUGCAAAGAAGCUCGAGGCGAGAUCGAAGGAAAUAUUGUUCCAAAUGUACAGGAAUCGGAUUGUUGUAAAAAGCUAAAAAAUCAAUCAUCUCGAUCACAUGGACCUGGAUUAUCAGAUCCUCGUAGACUCAGAAGAUGGUUACGUGAAAUGGAGUCGCGCAUGGAAAAGGUUCCAACACUCUCAGAAGGAAGAAAAUUGAAAACAGCAGAGAUACAAAAGUUACUGAGAGAUCACACGGAAUUACAUCGUGAGAUUGUAUCACAAGCAAGAGCUGUAGCUGCGAGUAUUAGAGCUUCUGAAAAAGACAAUAUCAAGCAGAAUUUAUCCAACAGUUCGUCGAGUGCAUCAGCUGAAAACGAGAGUGAAAAUUCGCCAUCGCCAAGCAAUAGCAGCAAGAAUAAAGACGAACCUCCAAUUAAUGCAUUAGAACGUCGAUAUCACUUGUUGUACUUAAAAGCAAUCGAAGUACAGUGCCUUUUGGAAAAUUUGUUGGAGAGAAAACAAUCACCCACGCCAUCAACAUCGUCUUCUUCCUCAAGCGAAAACGACGAACCCGCAGCAAAACACGUACGUUUAACGGGAGCUUUUAGUGACGUUCAAUCAGAUGACGAUUGGAUUGCAUUAAGACACAAAAACGUAUUAACAGACAUCUCAAACACCGACGCGUUUGAAGCUGAUUCUGAGGGCAGUGAUAAUGAUCAACUGCUUAAAAUUGCAAUUAGUUCAACAACAAGUACAAAUUCCGAUGGCCCGCCAACUAUCAUGAGUCCUCAUUUUAAAUUUGUAACAGACAAAAUGGAGAAAGAUAUAAACACAACGGAAACAGAUAACAUUGAUAUAUCGAUCGGGCAAUCGACAACGACGUCAGUUACUCAUACAACAACAGUUAGUUCGCCGCAAUUCGAUAGCCCCAAACUUUGUACAGUGAAAAAACGCCCGAAAAAAACAGAUCCAGCGGCAAAAUUCAAUCGUUCAAACCGCAAAUCCAAGAAUUGCGGAACUUUUUAUUUCAAACAUGCAGAUACGGAUAAUGAGGGAAACCAUACAAACGUCACGACAACUGAUGGCGGCGAAGAAACGGGAACAGAAGAUGAACAAUGGAUUUUUACAACGGGAGAAGUAGAUGAUGAAAAUAAUCCCAUAGACGAGGAUGACGAGCAAGAGCAAAACGAAGAAAAGAAAAUUCCUAAUUUCAAGAGACAUUUGAGUUUUACAGAUGAUGGAAUAAUUGAAUCGCAUAGCGAAACUCACAGUAAUUUAGUUGAAGUAGCAACAAGUACUGUAACAGGAGCAGUUACAGAAACGAACUUUGUUCAAGAAAGCGGGCAUACGAGCAAAAUUUCCUACAUUUGUGUAACAAAAGCAACUAAAGAAUCCAUUCAAAAAUUAGUGCUUGGCGCAGAAUCAUUAGUACGAGAUGAAGUUAUCAUGAAAGCUCAAAAUUUCCAAGCAAGUGUUUCGGGAAGAAUGAGUCACGCAACUGCUACAAUCCAUAAACAAGAAAGUCUUUUACAAAGUCCCAAAAUUCGUCGCGUUCAAGAAUGGUUGGAACAUCAACCAAUAUCAAUGUCGGGCAAUGUAAUGCCUGUUACAGGAUUAUUGAGUACCGAUUGCGAGGCAUCUGGCGAAGCAUCUGACGAUACGGACGAAGAUAUUCGACAAGAAGAUUCCGAUACCUCGAAUUCCUUGGGAGUUACAGAUUCGCAAGUGACUUUCAUGCGACAUGAUAGUCAAGCAACAAGUGUCGACAAUUGUUUGGGCGCUUCUUCGGGCGAUUUAUUGACAAAUUCAAGCGGAAAAGAAACCUCAAGUACUUCAAACACAACAAAAUCACAAACAAUUGAGCUGCGAAUGAACUCAAAGAGAGCAACAAACCGCCCAUGGUCUGUUUCAUGCAUAUCGCAACUCGAAACUGCCGUUCCGCUCACAAGUAGCAAUCAAGAUAGCAACUUCAGCAUUAGCGAAAGUGCAUUAGACACAAUUUCACUGCCAAACAUGCCAGCUGGAGGAGUUAAGAGCGAAGAAUCGACUCCCGUACACAAAAGAACGUUGCGCAAACGUCGUAUUCGGAAUAGAAAACGAGCAGUUCGAAAACUCGAUGCGAAUAUUGCAGUUCAAGUCGCUCUCGGAAAUCUCGUGACAAACGAACGUCAAGUCGAAGUACAUGAGAAUAUUAUGACCCAAUCGAUUGAUUUGUCUUCCGUUGAUACGCCAAAAUGUAACGAAGAAGAAGAAGAAGAUGAUGUUGUAAAGCCCGACUUCAAAAUUGGAUCUGUUACAAAAGUUUAUGCCCAAACAUUGGGCCCGUUAGCUGCUUUGUCGCGUUAUAAUUUGGGCGAUACGCCAAUUAAAGAAUCUCCGGAUAUGCCUGAUUCGUCGCAACGAUCAGGUACUGAAGAAUUGAGCAGUUUCGAACAAAUGUGGGAUAAUUAUCAGGAAAAAUACAUGUCAGAACCAUAUUCGGAAGAUCGUGACACAGAUGCUGCUAAACGAUUACUCGAAUUCGGCGACGAUUAUCGUAAUUUCUUGGAUUCACAAUCGGAUGCGUGUUCAUCUCUUUCCGCGGCACAAGGAUUGGAUUCGAUUUCGCCUCCGCGUCACAGACGAUUUAUCGGAGGAGCACAAACUCCAUCCGAUAAGGGAGAUAGCUCAUUGGAAGUGAAGAAACGACGACUUUUGGAAUUGUCUGAAUUUGAAAGACGUCGUAAAAAUCUCAACAAAAUGUAUGAUGAAGGUCGAAAAUCUUUAGAUUGUGCUCCAAUUAACGAAGACGAAGAUCGUGCAUCUCUUCCGAAAAUGUCUCCUGAAAAGGGAAAUCGUAAAGAAAGUGAUUCUUCCAUUCGCCGUCGUUCCUUACGUCAACGCAAAAGUGCUUCAAGCUCGUCUGCCGACUCGGAUUCCGAUAACGAUCAGGAUAUCUGUAAUUUACUCUCACAAAGCAGAAGUCGCGUUGAAAAUGUCGAAGCAUUACGUGUUCGUCAUCAUCUCCUUCGUCCCGAAGAUUAUGCGGAAAUAAUUGCUACUUGCACAGAGAACAUCAAGUGUUUGGAAACAGUCCUCAAAGGUCCAUCAAAUUCUGGCAAUCAUCAUUUAUUAUCAGCAGUUCGCGCCCAACAAGCUCGAGAAUUGCUUUCAAUUUGGGAAAGUUUGUUAGAUUGGAGUGAAAAUACUUCCGUUAUUCGUCAAUUGCAAGAAGAAAUUGAUGUACUUAAAGGUUCCUUAUUGCGUCUCGGCUCGCAAUCUUACUGUUUCGAUUCAGAAGAGUCCAUUGAACAAGCAAUCGAAGAUUUGAAAAAUGAACGUACUCGAUUGGCUUAUUAUCGUUCGAAGAUGUUGAAGAUCAAUGCUUCUGUUCAGCGAUGGAUCACGCAUCAAGAGACUCGAAUGGCGAAAGAGAAAGAAAUUCAGCAGAAAAUGGGAGAGGAACAAAAGAAGGAAAAGGAAGUCAAAUUAGCGGAUGAUGAGCAGUUCCAUGAACAACUGAAGGAAAGCAUUACGGAGAUGUAUGGCAUUUGGGAUCAAACAGAUGAACGAUUGACGAGACGUUUGGAUGAUUUGGAAUCCGCUUUACAAACAUGGCAACAGUUUGAGAGUGGAUUGAAUGAGUUGAAAGAAACGUUGGACAAAGACAGAGGAGCUAUUUUUGGCUUUAAAGGCGCUUUGGAAGCAGGAAGUGCUAUUCCAAGUGAAUUUGUCAGUAAUGCAGAAGCUAUUGCGAAACUUUUGCAAGUUAAUCCUGACAAUGAUUUGAAAGAUAUUCUUGCUGAAAAUCCUCUUCUUCCCCCGGCAAUUUUGCAAUAUGGAAUUCGUCCUCCGAGUGCAGGUUGUUCUUCUGACAGCGGAAUUUCCGAUGACGGAGGAUUAUCUGAACGUGAACGUCGUUUAGGUACAUUACGUCGUCUCGCAAAACAACUUGAGAGUGAUUUAACGCCCGGUAGCGACGCUCUCAAAACAAUUGCUGAUCGCAUGCGAUCCGCUGAAGCCGAAUUACGUACCUUACAAGAAACUUGCCGAGAUCUCAUUCUCAAAACGACGGCGUCUCACAAUCAGUUCAUCGAAUCGAUGAACAAAAACGCUCGUUCUCCGAUAAACGUACAAAUCCCCAUCAUCGCAUUUGGCAAACAAAAGGCGAAAGGUAAGAAAAAGAAUCGAGGAAAGCGUUCGCCGCAAAAUAGUCUCGUUGCUGGCGCAGAUUUCGACGUUGAAGAACUCACAGAUGAAACAGAUGGCGCCGCCGUUGUAGCUGCUGCUGUUCCAUCGACACAAUCGAGUUGUUGGAUGAAAUUCUUCAAAUAUGCUGUGCCGAUUCAACUUGCGUUGCUUGCUUUCCUCUUGGCAAUGUACGGGCUCGAGCCUCAUUCGUGCGAUCGCAUGAACAACUUUCAAAAUAGCUUUAAUCCUCAACUGAGAUACGUUCGUGGUCCUCCGCCGAUUUAAAAUUUUCCUCUCCAUUAUUCAAAAACGCAUAUCAAAAGCGAGUACAAAAAAAAAAACAAUUUAAGAUCGUACAUGAAAUCAUUAUAUUACUUUCGCAUUUAUGACAAAAUCAAUCAUUUUUUUUAUCAAUUUAAACUUUAAUCAUCAUAUAUCCUUAAAAAAAUAUAUAAGAAGUAAAGUUAAAAUAGAAAGUACGAAGAAUAAUCUUAAAUUGAAUAAGUUUUUGAGCUUAAGCUUGGCUAAGUUUUUUUCCAAAAGUUUGGGCCUUAUAAAGUGCCUCGUACUAAAAAAAACUUUCUUUGGUUCAUAAUAAUUGAAAAAAAAAUUAAAUUUUAUAAUGAAAAAAUAAUUAAAAUUUAUAAAUUUUUAUAUUCGCAACGCGAUGACGACUCCAUUUCUGUACUAUUAAAAAUUUUUCUUUAAGGUUAAUAUAUUAUAAUUUAAAAAUUAUUAUUAUUUUGUUGAA